CUUAGGCAGCUGUAAUAAGUUUUAUUUGUAGUUUAAAAGCAGCACGGUGGUGAUUUCCAGCUUAGGGCACCGACUGCGGGCGUUGGAGAAUCCCAAAACUAGAUGUAAAACUCAGCUCACAUGGUGUGUACUACCCCAGGAGUUCAAGAACUCCCCUACCAUAUUUGGAGAACAGCUAGUGAAGGAUUUGAAGUCUUGGGAACCCCCACAAGGAGAAGGACAACUACUUCAGUACGUGGAUGACCUCUUAAUAGCCACCCGGACCCAGGAGGCAUGUGUGGAUUGGACGGUAAACCUCCUAAACUUUUGGGCCUGCAGGAGUAUCAGGUAUCCCAAAAGAAAGCCCAGAUGGUGAAACAAACAGUUAUUUACCUGGGCUAUGAGGUGAGUGCUGGACAAAGGACCUUGAGGCAAACCUGCAAGGAAGCAAUAUGCCAAACCCCAAAACCCCAGACAGUAAGAGAACUGAGAACCUUUCUAGGCAUGACAGGGUGGUGCAGACUGUGGAUUUAUGACUGUGGAUUGUUCAUUUAAACCCUGUAUGCCUUAAUCAUGGAAGGGAGCAGGGAUCUUCAGUGGACAACAGAAGCAACACAAGCCUUCAACCAACUAAAGAGGCUCUUAUGUCAGCUCCAGCCCUGGGACUUCCAGACAUAAGUAAACCAUUUUUGUGUUUCCUUGCAAAAACAAGGGAUUGCUCUUGGAGUACUAGCACAAGACCUGGGACCAUACCAGAGGGCAGUUGCCAACCUCUCCAAACAGCUAAACAUGGCAGCUAAGGGGUGGCCAAGGUGCCUCAGAGCUGUUGCAGCAGUAGCAGUGAACAUCCAAGAGGCAUGCAAGUUCACCCCAGGCCAGAAGAUGACUGUGCUGGUAUCCCACACAAUGUCUGCAGUCCUGAAGGCAAAAGGGGGACAUUGACUUUCCCCAUAAAGAUUUCUAAAGUACCAGGCCAUACUAGUAGGACAAAAUGAUGUUGAAACUGUGGUAACUAACAUUGUGAACCCAGCUUCUUUCCUCAGCGGGAGUGAGGGAGAACCAGUGAUCCACGACUGCCUGGAGACCAUUGAAGCCACCUACUCCAGUGCCUGGAUCUGAAGAACACCCCUCUCAAGAACGCUGAGACCUGGUUCACCUAUCAUCAGCUGGGUAUGUGGUUGCCACAUACAGACCAUUGCCAACAAACACCUCCGCACAAAAAGCUGAAAUAAUUACCUAACCCAGGCCUUAGAGCUGGAAAAAGAAAAGAAAUCAACAUUUAUAUAGACUCGAAGUAUGCAUUUAGAAUAGCCCAUACACACAAAACUUUUUGAGGGGAAAAAAAAAGACUGCUGAACUCACAAGGGAAAAAUAGUAAACACGCACAACAAAUACUAUAACUAUUGGAUGCAGUUCAGUUACCUAAAAAAGUAGCUAUUAUGCACAUCAAAGCACACCAAAAGGUGAGCUCAGAAUUGGAAGAAGGAAAUAUGCUGGCAGACAGAGAGGCAAAAGAUGCAGCCAAAGGUGAAGUACCCAAUGAAAUGGUCGAGUCAGCAUUAAUUCCAGAUAGAAAGAUCUCUAUUAAAGGUACCUAGUAUAUAACAAAAAGAUAAAAAACUUAUUAAGAAAGAGGAAGCAACUUAUAACCAGGAAAGGUGGACUGUAACAAAAAAAGAAAAUUGUAGUACUUUUCUACUUGUUGUGUUCAUUAGUGCUAAAAAAAUAUGAGAAAACACAUUAGGAGAUAGAUGCCCUAUACAAUUAUUUAAAAGAUAGAAUUCUAGCUAAAAAAUUAUACGGCACAGUAGCACAAGUAUCUCAUCAGUGUGGUUUUUGCCUCUGAACUAAUCCUAAAAACUUUCCAAAAUUUAAAGUUAGACAAAUUGAGAAAAGUUGUAGACCUGGGCAGCGAUGGCAAAUUAAUUUUACGGAAUUGUCCAAGAAAGGGGGGUAUUGCUACCUAUUAGUGUUAACAGAUACCUUUUCAGGACGGCCAGAAGCCUUCCCUAACCAGACAGCUAAAGCACAAAAAACGACCAAGGCACUGUUACAAGAAAUAAUACCAUGCUUUGGAGUCCCAGUCACUCUAUCUUCCAAUAGAGGGCCACAUUUUACACAAAUACAUGGUGGCCCUAAAUAAACAACUUAAAGAAAUUAGAAAAUAUGUAGCGGGGCCCCAAAGCAAAUAAUUAGAUAAGCCGGUACAUGAUGUACAACGUAAGAAUUAAGUAUAUGUUAAGUCUUUUGCAGAAAAAACUUUGGAACCGCCGUGAGAAGGACCAUUCCAGUCCUCCCCACCUUCAUAGCAGUCAAGAUCAAAGAACAGAAAGCUUGGAUCCAUCACCCCUGAGUGAAGAAAGCUCCUGAAAAAAUUUAGAAGAUUGCACCAGGCAAUGGAGACCUGAAGCUGAAAUUCACCAGGAACAGCGAGUGUGGCUCGUAGGAAGACUUCUCCUUUAGCUUGGCUGCAUAAAGGUCUGAAGCCCCUGCAGUCUCUUGCAGGUGUGUCUGCAGGGAACACUGUUCCAGAUCCUUUGCUGAUUGGUACACACAAUCCCAGCUCCCAUCUCCAGGUUCCUCUGACAGGAAAGAUCCAAGACAAAACACACAAGAAAUCCCUGGAAGCAUCUGAAACCACUCAGCAAAUGCUAAAGGAACAGCUGCAGGGAGGACAAGAUGUGGAUGGAGAGGCGGUGCUGAAGGCAGCAUUUCCCAGAAUCUCCAUUGCAGGAAGGGAGGCCAUGCCAGGCACAGUCACGGGAGCUGAACCCGCUGGGGAAGGUGAUCUUGCGUUCCAACCCACAUCCAGGACUGAGCCUGAGGAAAAUGGUGAGGGUGUGUCUUCAGGGAUGAUUUCUCCAACUCUUGGUCUGCAUGCUGGAGAAAUUAAAUCAGAGGCUGUGCAGAAGGGAGCACUUCUCCGAGGAAGCAGUGGUUCUGUGCCAGCCUCUGCUGCAGGAAGGGAGGCCAUGACAGACACAGUCACAGGAGGUCAGGCUCCUAGGAAGGCUUCUCCAUUAGCUUGGCUGCAUAAAGGUCUGAAGCCCUUGGAGCCUCCUGCAGGGAUCACUUUUACAGCUCCCUUUCUGAUUGGUACACGCAAGCCCAGUUCCCAUCGCAAGGGUCCUCCAACAGGAAAGAUCCGAGACACAGUAAACAAGAAGACCACGGAACCACCUAUAGCCACACGGCAAAUGCUGAAGGAAAUGCUGCAGGGAAAACAAUAUGGGGUGGCUCGGAAAGUUCCUCCCUUUGACUGGCAGUAUCAAGUUUUGAAGCCCUCAGUACCUCCUGCAGGUGUUUCUGCAAGAAGGACUUCUCCAGCUUCCAUGCUGGGUACUUCACACAAGCCCAGCAGCCAUCUCAGGGGUGCUCCAACAGAAAUGACCAAACACUCGACAGACAAGAAAUCCCCGAGGCCAUUGGAAGUCAUGAGGCAAAUGCUAAAGGAAAUGCUGCAGGGAAAACAAGAUGUGGAUGGAGAGGCGGUGCUGAAGGUGGCAUUUCCCGGAGUCUCCAUUGCAGGAAGGGAGGCCAUGCCAGGCACAGUCACGGGAGAUUGGGAUCGCGACAUGGAUUAUCUGGAAGACCUGCUGGAAUAUGGCUUGAAAUUCUUGGAGGAUGCUGGAGCUGAACCCGCUGGGGAAGGUGAUCUUGCGUUCCAACCCACAUCCAGGACUGAGCCUGAGGAAAAUGGUGUGUCUUCAGGGACGAUUUCUCCGACUCCUGGCCUGCAUGCUGGAGGUCCUCCAAUGGGAAAGAUCCAAGACUCAGCAGACAAGAAAUCCCUGGAACCAGCCGAAGUCACGCGGCAAAUACUGAAGGAAAUGCUGCAGGGAAAACAAGGUGUGUCUGCAGGGAACACUGUUCCACCUCCUUUGCUGAUUGCUCCAGGCAAGCCCAGUUCCCACCGAAGGGCAAUGACCAAAAAUACAGCAGAGAAGAAAUCCCCGAGGCCAUUUGAAGUCAUGAGGCAAAUGCUAAAGGAAAUGCUGCAGGGAAAACAAGAUGUGGAUGCAGAGGCAGUGCUGAAGGCAGCAUUUCCCAGAAUCUCCAUUGCAGGAAGGGAGGCCAUGCCAGGCACAGUCACGGGAGGGUCUGCAAAGUGGCUGGAGAGUGGCCGGGAGGCAGCUCAAAGCUCCCCAGGCCCCUCUGCAGCUUUGGCCAUGUCCAUUCACAUCUAA